AUGUUAUCGCCAUCCUCGACCAAGUCAGUCAGUCAUGCGGCUCGAGCCAUCGUUGGGAUACUGAGGACUCGAGUGAGACGACAACCUCUAUGGCGCCGACAUUUUGGGACUUUUUACGAAGCGAAGGCUCGUCUGGUCACAAUAGACAACUUUGGAGUGCUGGGCAACCGAGAGGUCAUAAUUUCUCGAGCCGGUGAAAACGACUCCUCCGUGGUGAUAGAUCGCGAGGUCGGCUUUGCAAUGAAGUCUGCCAUUGUGCGGCAGUUCGGUGUGUCACUCACCAGAGACCUCGAGGCCAUUCCGCUCAAGUUUUACCACAAAUCUCUUCAUUUUACACACGAGCUCCUGCCAUAUCCACGCCUAAUCAUUGACAAGGGGCUUACUGGACCAGAAUUGGGUGACAUCAGCGCAGCCACUUUGUGGCUCUGGGCACCAGCAUCGAGUGAAAUCACACUGGAUGAUACUCCUGAUCGCAAGUCGCGGGGCAAACUUGGUUGGACAUUGCAGAGCUGA